UGAACCCAGUGAAUCCACGACGUGCCCCUCCUCCAUCAGCUGAUGACGGUCAACCCAAAGCUGGGCAGGAAGUGCAUCUUGUGCCUGAAGCUAGUUGGAACAUGAACGGGAGAAGCUUGUUUUCACGCAGCUUCUGGGAUAACAAACUAAGCUUUUGACGGAAAUCCCCUGAAAAAACGCCAAAGUGAAACUUGUUUUCUCUUAACUUCUGUAGAAAAAGGGGGGGAAGAAACACAACAACGCAUCCUGGGACAUGGACAGUAGGAGAGGACGAGCGUGGGGGAAGCUUGUCAAAGUGGACUCCAGUGAAACUGUGAUGCUGUUCAACAGUGAAUGCACGGUUGGCAGAAAAAAAGGAUGUUAUCUUUCCUUUCCAGCGAAUAAACUUGUCUCAGGGGAGCACUGCAAGAUUGUGAAAGAUGAAAGCUCAGGGCUGGUGUGGCUUGAAGACAUGAGCACUAAUGGCACAGUGAUCAACAUGUCCAAACUGGUCAAGAAACAAACUCACAUGCUGCAGAAUGGCGAUGUCAUCUACUUUGUGUACAGGAAAAGUGAACCUGAACAAAACAUCGCCUAUGUUUACCACUCCAUCAAACUGGAUCAAACCGCUUCACAACACAAUUAUGGUUCAGAGAUGGCCCUCUCUGUAGAGCCUGUAAUGCUCUCAAAGGCUCCUCGGGAUGCAACUCAGGAGGAACCUCAACCCUCUACCUCUGCUUCACACUUCUGUAUUGAGACUGCUUACUCUUCUGGUGCCAUGGCAACCACAGGCUCUCCUGUGACUGGUGGGUUCUCUACUCACGCACUUUUAAAAGGCCAAGCUAACGAUCCAACCACUACACAGGAGGAAGAAACAGAAAACCUGGAGCCAACAAGCAAGAGGAGGAAAACCGAUGAUGAUAAAUCUUAUGAAUUAGGUGUGCCAUGCAGCUCAAGGCCAGAAGUGGUUAGUUCCUCAAAACCACCAGUAGAAGGGACUAAGACGGAUAAGAUGGAGGAAAGCUUGACAUGUGUUAUCUGCCAGGACCUGCUACAUGACUGUGUCAGUUUGCAGCCUUGCAUGCAUGUCUUCUGUGCUGCCUGCUAUUCUGGCUGGAUGGAACGCUCUUCCCUUUGCCCCACCUGCCGCUGCCCUGUGGAGAGGAUUCAUAAAAACCACAUUCUCAACAACCUGGUAGAGGCCUACCUCAUCCAGCAUCCAGAAAAGUGUCGCAGCGAGGACGACCUGAAAAGCAUGGACAGCCGUAACAAGAUAACUCAGGACAUGUUGCAGCCAAAAGUUGAGCGCUCUUUCUCUGAUGAAGAGGGCAGUUCAGAUUACCUCUUUGAGCUCUCUGAUAAUGACAGUGACUCCUCAGAUAUCAGUCAGCCUCUGGUGAUGUGCAGACAGUGUCCUGGCUACAGGAGUGAUGUGAACCAGCUCCUCUUUGCUUCGAGCUCAAGCUACUGGUUCCCCGGUCUGCCAAGUCUACAGCCUAUGCCUCCACCUCCCAACCCAGUUAGCGAGGAGGCGGCUGCAAAGGCCUCAGCAGAGAUGCCCUCAACAUCCUCGGAUAAUAAUAAUGAGUCUCCUCAGGAGUACCGCUGCCCCCCUCAGGGCUGCCAUCUCAUAUGCACCUGCUGCCUCCAGCCAAUGCCAGACAGACGGGCCGAGCUCGGCAACCAGCAGGUUAUUGCUCAACAAUGUGUGCUGUGCCAACGACCUUUCUGUCAUAUGUACUGGGGUUGCCAGAGGAUCGGUUGUCAGGGCUGUCUGGCUCGAUUCUGUGACCUCAACCUGACUGACAAAUGCCUGGAUGGUGCGCUGAACAACAAUAACUACGAAUCAGAGGUCCUCCGGAACUACUUAUCCUCCAGGGGGCAGUCUUGGAAAGAUCUGCUGAAGGACUCUUUGCAGGGUUUACAGCAAGGAAACUACCUUCUGACAGAUUGUCGUAUCUCUGCAAACGCCAUCCUGUGUUUCUGCUGUGGCCUGCGAGCCUUCAAGGAGCUGGCCUACAAAUACAGACAGAACAUCCCUUCAUCUGAAUUGCCAGCUACUGUAACGUCUCGUCCAGACUGUUACUGGGGACGUAACUGCCGCACGCAGGUGAAGGCGCAUCAUGCAGCGAAAUUCAACCACAUCUGUGAGCAGACGCGUUUCAAGAGCUGAAGCAGCAGCGUGGCUCGUCUUCCCUCAGCCGUGUCAAAUUGACAUAACUGAACAUCUCGUACAUUCGAGGAGGCACAAUCACUUUUUGCAUCCAUUGUUGCUAACCGCUUUAUGCAAUAAUCCCAGUCAGAUAUUACAAUCAAGUCUCUAUGUACAGCAGUGGCAAGGGUGUCUCUUCAGUAACACUAUGCACAUUCAUAUAGAAUUAAUUGCAGAGUUCAGAAAUGUGUGACGCUGCUUCUCGGAGUGAAGACCUUAAUAGAUAAUUUACACAAUGCUGCCAUUUAAAUUCUCAUCUGUUUUUCUUACAUUAUCUGCCAUAAGCGGGUAAUCAGCUAUUAUUUGCCUGAGCAGUUCAUUUAUUUGUAAGGUGAAGUAAUUAGGUUCUCCCUAAUAAAUCUGUCCUCCAGCAUGUGCAACAAAAAAAUAAUGCGAAUAAGGCAAUCUGUAUGGAUUAGAGCCAUACAUGCUUACAAGCGCUUUCUAUGUACCCCCUUAGCCUGGGUAAGUUGAGGCUUAAUAGCCCUUAUGUGUAUUGAUGUUCAUUAGCUCUCUUACUCGGUGUAGAAUCCAGAGCUUCCUGCAACAUGAUGCUGAUGAAAAUAUGUUGAUGUCAUUAGGGGGAAACAAUGAUGAGUAGUGUUAAGUAACAGAAAUUGUAUCAUGUUUAUUGGGCCAAGAGAACCAAAACUGCUGAAUUUAAACAAUAUUAUUAAAUGUAAAUGCACAACCUCCAAGGGUCUUUUUCACAAGGGCAUUAGUCUGUUCCCAGGCAAAGGUGAAAAGCCAUGUAUAAGCAGCUUUCACAUAAUGGUGUAGAUUUGUAAUCCCAUGUGAUAUCUGUGUAGGACUUUGUCUGUGGGUAGGGGAUCAUUGAGUUGUAACACUGCCAGAGGGCCUGGAGGCCUCUGUUGUGUGCUUUUGCUCUGGAUAAUCAUCUCCAAAGUGAUUAAAGUAUAGUAGGAGGAGCGCCUGGCGAGAGAUGCGUGGGAAGGGCUAAUCUGUGAUGAAAUGCACGGUUGCGUAGAACAGAGGGAAAAAUAGAUUGCACUCCAAGCAGCUAGUAAUAGUUAAAUCUUUAGUAGCAUGGAGGUUUGACAUACUGCUCCUGCAGCAUGUAGUUACUGAACAGUUGUGCCAAUACAAACACAACAGUGCAUUCUGUUGUAAAGUUGUCAUUUGCAGUGAUUGCAGCUACGUGUUAUUAAGGCUUACCUUAGUUGACUUUGUUGGAUUUUGUCCAGUUUUUCUCUGGUUCUUUCCUCAGGUACAGAAAGCUGCUGGUUUUUGUUUCAUUUGCAGUAUAACCAUGUUUGGUGGUUCAAAAUUCUGUUAAGUCCUAUUGAAUCCAGUGACCAUUUGUUCAUCAUCACCCAAGUGUCAGAAACGCAUGCAAACAUGCACAGAGAACUUUUGAUGUCUACUGUAAAGGUUGACAAAUCAGCCUCUUAUGGCCUUAUUUAGUGUGGCCAGAUUUAAGCGUGCACACUCAUAGGGGCCUUAUAUUUAAAUACAAGGAUGAAGGAGUAGUCUGUUAGUUGACUUUUACCUAGAGUCACUGUAGAAAGUGCUGGAGGAUGAUGUAGAAGCUGUUAAAGCAGGUGUUAGCUGUCAUCCAGUACAUUUUGUGUGAGUUCACUGGUGGUAUUGUUUUUCUACAUUUAUGUAGUAUUUUAGUUGACUUGAAGAGAAAACAAAAACGUACUGAGUCUAAAAAAAAUCUUAGUGUUUAUUUUUUACUGCUAAGAAUCUUUGCACAUAUUGUCGGCUCAUUUUUAUUUUGCUGGAUUAUAUCGAGCAUCAUGGGAAAACUGUCUGUAUCUAGUAUAUGGGAUAUAAGUAAGGCUCAUAAACUCUGAUGAGUAAUCAUGAAAACUUCCAUUCCAGACUGAGAUGUGAAGGAGAAAUGCAGUAGCCAAGAAAAAAAAUCUCCUUGAUAAUUUGAACCAGUUGCUCGAGUGUGGUUUAUUAAGAUUAACAUUUUCUGCGGUUAAUGUGGAUGAAACGUGUCGUUUGGGAAUCAUCAGGUUUUCAUUAGCGUACUGAUAGAAAAAUUGAAUUGUGAAUGGGGCGUUUCCCUGGCCUCUGCCUGAGCUCCUGAUUUGAAUUUGUUACGUUAGUGGUUUAGGUGUUUCUUGUCCUUUCUUUUACCCCCUCGGUUAUGGUGCGUCUACGUUAGCAUUCCUCAGCAGCUCAGGCCCUCAGCACAAGCCCGGUCGAUCCCCUGAUAGAGUGGCUGAGUUUUAAUUAUUCCCUACAGGAGAUCUGGGGACCCUAAGCCAACAACAGUCCCAAGCCGCUCCAAUCAGGAAUUAGUAUUAGAGGACUUUGGAGAAGUGCUUUGCAUUCUCCCUUGAAUGGUGUGUGUUUGGGGGGAAUGAUUGUUAUGUUGUAUACUAAGGCAAAUAUUUACUCACUUUGUGUGCAAAAGUCUGGACCAAGCUGCUCAGCAGUAUGGAAGAGGCAGGUUUCAUUCUACCUCAGCACAGCUCCCAGGAAAGUGGGAACAAACAGGCAUCUGUCACAGUAACAUCAGCUAAGAGCUGCACAUCUGUCGGUGCGAGAGAUGAACGAAUUUUCGGAUGCCUAAAAACUAUUUGCAAUGCACUAUUUGAACAAUUAGUCUGGACUAUAAUCAACUGCUAGUGUGAGCAGCACUUGGCACAUGCAGAAAGUGUUUGGUUUUCAUUAUGAGAAGUCUCUUCACACUGUUGUAUUCUACAAUUGUCUUUGAAAAAUGCGUAUGGAUCUGAUUUUGCUGUUAAUCUUUACCAUUAAAAAAAAAUGAUACCUGAAA